GGUACAGCGUAUGACCACCUGAUCUCCAAUUUUCCAAGCAUUCUCUCUUUGAUCUUUAUUAAAAUAACCUUUUACCUUCCAUUUGGAUUUUCCCAAUUUAACAGCUACCUGCAAGAGAACCUGAUUCAAAUGUUUUUGUAAGGCUUGCAGAUAAGUUUCCAAUUUGACUCCCUCUAUCUAUGUGCCACUGGUAUGCCACAGAAGAUGCUUUGAAAUUCACAUGGUUUGCUCAGUCAUAACCUCAAAGGGUAUAUGAUCUCUGGAGGCAGCAAGAGUUUCCCUGAAUGCCAUUAAAAUGAGUGGAAUCAGAGUAUUUCAAUUGCAUCCGCUACCAUCUACCAGUUUCUGGGCAUUAGUUUGAUGGUGCAAUUUCUUCUCUCUAGCAUCCCUAAUGAUUGAGGUCUGUAUGGAAUGUACAAUUUUUGUUGCAUUCCCAACAUCUGUAAACAUCUUUGGAACACUUGGCCAGUAAAAUGUGUUCCUCUGUCUGACUCUAUCCUAGUGGGGAGUUUCCAGUGAGAAAAGUCAAUGAGAUAAGCUCUUACAGCUGCUCUGUGCUGCUGUUCGUGGAGCUCCAGUGUCAGCUGCACAAGCAGAGAGCAGCCUACUAAGUCAGCAGACCUUGAUGUGAUUCAUUAAGAGAGACCACAGGCUCGGUUUGGUAGCAAAGGUUUAUUGUCGACGAAGUACGGUCCUAGUGCCCUUGCUUCACGGUUACAGGUACCUGAACACAUGUAUGCCCACGACAAUGGUACCAGUUCGGUUUCGUAGCCUCAUAGGCUUUAAGGCCAGAGGGGACCAUCAUGAUCAUCUCUGACCUUCUGCAUAUCACAGGCUACAGAACCUCACCCAUUCACUCCUGUACCAGACCCCUAACCUCUGGCUGAGUUACUGAAGUCCUCAUAUCAUGAAUUAAAGACUUCAAGUUACAGGGAAUCCACCAUUUACACUCGUUUAAACCUGCAAGUGACCCAUGCCCCAGUCAGUGCACCAGUAUGCUGCCCGCUUGGCUGACCAAAGAUGCCCCACCUAUGACUUCUCUUUUUCUACCCUUGAUACAAACAAGUUACGUGUUCCAUGCCAGACGUGGCUAGUUACCAACCCUCCACCUUGUACCAGUGAGUUCAAACAAACAUCCCCAUCCAUUGUCCUGUCAUCCCAUCCUUAUUUUAUGAAGGGUGGGUGCAUUCCUGUACCAUCUCUGAAAGAGGGGUCCAUGUACGUAGUUACUUGAGAACUCUGGGCGUUCCUGUACCAUACACCUCAGUCAGGAACAGGCUUACGUGGUUAGCCAAUACCUGGUGUGUUGCUAUUCUGCCAAGGCCAGACCUACUCUGGUUCACAGCCUCUGGUUCACACUGCUAGUUAUGCCUAUGGAUCCAGCAAGGACUACCCCUGUCUUUCCAAGCCCCUUUUGUACGUAAGUUUUUCUGUUUCCUGCAUCAUUUUUCUCCUUUUCUGCACACAGGACCCAGGUGUAGCUGCCACAUUGAUUUCGAUAAUAGCAUGAACAUAUUCACCAUCCCUUUCUCUAUGUCUGUCCAGGACCAGGUUUGCUUUGUGCCUGUAGCUGCCUAUUGAGCUGCCUGCAGAGAUGCCCGGGCUCCCAUCCUGCACUAUAUGGGUGGUGUAAGGAGCAGGAGAAGUGGAUUGCCAGAAAACAAUUUCCAUUUCUCGAAUAUGAGGACCCUCCCCCUCCUUGGUUAGACCGGGCUUCCUUUUGCAGAAAGCCUGAUGACUAGAGAUUUUCACAUCCUGCCACUGUCGUUUAUAGACCCUGCUCCACAGACAAAGUGUGCGCUGCACCUCAGCUAGCAAGAAGCACACACUGCUGGUGCUGGUCCUGAAGGUUUGGCUGGGGCCUGGGAGGGCAGUGAGUUGUCUCUGCCCAGAGAGGGGCUGGUGGUGCUCUGCAGGAGCUGCUGCUGAACGAUCCCUCAUUGCUGCAAGAUGAUUAACGUUGGAGAGCUGAUUGCACCCAUGGGUGCAGGCCGGUGUGUGGGCAUCCAGAUAACCAACAACACCAGAGAUGUGACCCUCGAGUACCCCAGGACUUACUGUUUCAGUGGCCGGGCCAUGAUAGAGCCUCUGCCCCGCAUCCCCCCUGGCUCUUCGGGGUGCAGCGUGUUUGUGAAAACAAGCUACACAGCCCGUGGGAGUGUCGGGGUGCUGAGCUACGAGUCCGACGUCUUCACCCUGGCCAUCAUGUUCUCCAACCCCUUCGACCGCGUACUCUACACCUCUGAGUUUGCCAUCCAGAUCUUCACUGGCAGGAAGCACUUCCACAGCAUGGAGCACCUCUACAACUAUAUGUACAGCAACGGCCCUCCCUAUAUAUGCAAGUCCUACCAGAAAGUGAAGCUCGAGGUCACGGAUGGCCAACUGGAGGUGAUCAAUGAGGAGAUCCAGGUGAAGGCCAGCAUGUCCAGCAAAGAUAAGUCCGUUAUUCAAGUGCAGAUUGAGCAAAAAGAUCCCUGCCCGCCCUACACUGCCAAGCCAGCUGACCCAAGCCCAUGGAAAUGCCCCAAUGUGCCAGACAAGGGGGCUGCUGGUGGGAAAUAGUGACUCUCUUUCUCCCAGCUUGAGUAGACAGUGAUGUGCUAGGUUGGCUUGAGUUAGUCACUAAAAAUGGCCAGAGUGGUGUGGGUGGUGGGAGGAGCUAGUCACCUAAGUGUACUCUCACCUGACCUCCUGACCCCCAUGCCACAGUGUCCAUACUGCUAUUUUUAGUGACUAGGGCAUGUCUUUCUACCCAAGCUGGGCAGUAUCCAGGCAUCCAGGGUUUUGUCAUCAUUUUAUAAAAAACUUUUGUUUCUUACUUAUUUUUUAACCUCAGAAAUAACAGGUGUUGGCAUAUGAAGACCUGAUGUUUAAGCAUUUAUCAUGGUGAUAAAACUCCCAGAAAGCUUUGCAAAAAGUAAUGCUAAAAAAGAUAACAUAGAAUUAUUAGCAAAUAAGAGCUAAACUUCUUGUAAGUGGAAAUAUGUUUAAGAGCAUGGCCUUGUGGUAUAGCUGUAUAAGGUUGUUUUUAAUUGCAUGUGUGCUUGCUAGGUAAAAUAGAAUUGGCUAAGCAACUUAAAUAAAAGUUAUACAUUGUAAUGGAAACCGAAAGAAAGAGAUAAGUCAAUAAGAUCAUAACAUAAGAAUGGCCAUACUGGAUCUGCCCAAUGGUCCAUCUAGCCCAGUGCAAGAUGCUUCAGAGGGAAUGAACAGAACAGGGCAGUUUUGAGUGAUUCAUCCCCUGUUGUCCAGUCCCAGCUUUUGGCAGUCAGAGGUUUAGGGAUACCCGGAGCAUGGGGUUGUGUCCCUGACCAUCUUGACUAGUAGGUAUGAUGGGUUCCCCCCAGGGUGCAACCUGGAACUGGGGUACCACUGAGCCUGCCUGAUCCACCAGCCUGGGCUCCCUUACACUGUUCUGCUGAGACAGGCCCCCAAGUCCCUUCCAGCACACACACAAGUAGGGACACACCCAGCUGCAGCAAUACACAGACACUGAGAUCAGCUCUGCAUGGGAAGGCUUAAGCUAAGGAACUGCCCAGCACUCAGGCGAACACUCCCCUCUGGAGGGUAAACCCAAAAUUAUACUGUCUUGCGCUGCACAGGGAACUGUACAGAGUAAGCUCAUGAAAUUCAUCCCCUUCUUCAAUGUGCAGAGGAAUAUACACAGCUUUCCGCUUCCGGUUAUGAUUUCCACACACUGGUUUUAGACAAAACAAAAUACGUUUAUUGACAACAAAAGAUAGAUUUGAAGUGAUUAUAAGGGAUAGCAAACAGAUCAAAGCAGAUUACGUAGCAAAUACACAAAAACACAGUCUAAGCUUAAUAAACUAAAAAGAUGGGAUAUAAGUAGCAAAUUUUCACCCUAAUUGUUGAUUUAGGCAGUUUGUAGAGAUUCUUGAGGGCAAGCUGCACUUGCUUGCAGCUUAAAACCGCAGAUAGUUCUCUCACAGGCCAGAAAUGUCUCUAGCCUGAGUCCAACACUUCUCCCUCAGUUCAGUCCUUGUUUCUCAGGUGUUUCCAAGCAUUUCCUUUGGGCAAGGAGUCAGUGAAGAACCAUGAUGAUGUCACUCCUCUGCCUUAAAUAGUUUUUGCAUAUGGCGGGAACCCUUUGUCUCCCAGUUUAAUUCCCAUGCCAGUGACUGGAAAAACACUGGUAUUCCAAGAUGGAGUCCUGUACAAGGUGACCUGGUCAUGUAAAAGCAGCCACGAGUCAGAGGCUGUUUGUAGCAUCCUUGGGAAGGCUCCUGGUGGAAGAUUAGCUUCUUCUAAGACCCGUUCUUGCUAAUGGCCCUUUCCAGUUAGCUAUCUAGAUUGAUUGAUUUCAUUCUGUCUAGUGAGCAUUCCCCAGGUGUAAACACAUUUGUAAUAGAUGCAUAGACAAGUCCUAACUUUAGAUACCACAAUGAUACAUGCAUGCAAAUAGGAUAAUUAUAUUCAGUGAAUUAUAACAUUUUCAAUUAUAUCUUACAUGACCUACCUUGCAUAAAAUACAUUAUACUUAUGCCAUAAUCAUAUCAUAACAAUAUUGCUAUUAAGAAUAAGGGGUAUAAUGCCACAGUAGCCAUUUAUCCUCCAUGAACUUAUGUAAUUCUUUCUUGAACCCCAUUAUAAUUUUGGCCUUCACAACAUUGCCUGGCAAUGAGUUUCACUGGUUGUGUGUAUGUUGUGUGAAGAAAUAUUUCCUUUUGUUUAUUUUAAACCUGCUGCCUAUUAAUUUCAUUGGGUGACCCCUAGUUCUUGUGUUAGGAAAAAGAUAACUCUUCCCAAUUUGACAAAUAACACUUCCCUGUUUAGUAUCAGAGGGAUAGCCGUGUUAGUCUGGAUCUGUAAAAGCAGCAAAGAGUCCUGUGGCACCUUAUAGACUAACAGACGUUUUGGAGCAUGAGCUUUUGUGGGUGAAUACCCACUUCGUCAGAUGCAUGUAGUAGAAAUUUCCAGGGGCAGGUACAUAUAUGCAGGCAAGCUAGAGAUAAUGAGGUAGUUCAAUCAGGGAGAAUGAGGCCCUGUUCUAGCAGCUGAGGUGUGAAAACCAACUUCAGGACCAGACUUCAAAGAGAAACUGCUGAGCUUCAGUUCAUCUGCAAAUUUGACACCAUCAGCUCAGGAUUGAACAAAGACUGUGAAUGGCUUGCCAAUUACAGAACCAGUUUCUCCUCCCUUGGUUUUCACACCUCAACUGCUAGAACAGGGUCUCAUCCUCCCUGAUUGAACUACCUCAUUAUCUCUAGCUUGCCUGCAUAUAUAUACCUGCCCCUGGAAAUUUCCACUACAUGCAUCUGACGAAGUGGGUAUUCACCCACGAAAGCUCAUGCUCCAAAACAUCUGUUAGUCUAUAAGAUGCCACAGAACUCUUUGCUGCUUUUACUUCCCUGUUUGCUUUCUCUGCACCAUUCAUGGUUUUAUAGACCUCUUUGAUACUCCAGUGGCAGUCUGUACUCUGUAUUCUCACCUUUCACACUGUAAUAAUCUUUGUACAAAAUUUGAAAACUCAUAACUCACUGGUCAAUAUUUUUCCUCAUGGGUGAAUAUGAUGUUGCGGGAGGCUAGCCCCCAGCCCCUCCCCCUCUGUCUGAGGCCCCACCCUUCUGCCCCCCUCCUUUGCUGGAGUCUGGAGCACACCGCCCCAGCCCUCCCAUGCACCCCCAGUUCCAGGUAGGCGGCCCGGAUGGAGCAUCCCCAGCCCCAGUGCAGGGCAGGCGAUGCGACUAGAGCACUCCCAGCCCUGGAGCCCUGGGCAGACACCAUGGUCCCAGCACCGGGAGGAUGGGCGGCAUGGUGUGGUAUGGCCUUAGCCCAGGGGGUCUUGUGUGCACUGCAGACCCCAGCCUGCCACGGAAGGGAACAGCAGGCAGGAGGGAGCUUGGGAGUGGAGCAUAGGUGGGGCCAUGCCAGGCUGUUUAGGGAGGCACAGCAUUCCCCUGCCUAUGAUACCUACCACCCAUGAUUGUCCUGAUAAAAUGCGAGUAGCAACAUUUUAUGUAAAGUUAUAAGAUUCCAUUGCGUGGUGUUAAUAAGAAAUAUUCCAAGUCUUGGAAGCAGCCAAAAAAUUCUACAUCUUAGAAAUAAAUAGCUUGGCAUUUCCAUCCACACAGUCUUUUUGUCUCCUGAACCUCAGCUGGAGAUGCUUCAAAGAAGAGAAAGGACAAUAAGAAGGAAGGGCAGAUGGCCCAGAUCAUUCCUCCUUUUCUCUCUGCCCACGGCACCCAGGACACCUGGAGAACAAAGGGAGCAGCAUUUGACCAAGGGAGGGAUCUUAACUGAAAAUUCAGUCAGUAGAACUGCUGGAACAUGUGGUGAGAGUGCUUGCUUUGAAUUCAUUCGAGUUUGUUAAGUUAGGCAUUAGUUGCAUUUUACUUUUAUUUUUUUUGUAACCAAUUCUGACUUGUGUCUCAUUACUUGUGUUCACUUAAAGGCUAUCCUUUCGCAGCUAAUAAACUUGUUUUAUUGUUUAAUCUAAA